UGAAGAGUUUUUCUAUUACGCAAAAUUAUUUUGGUAAUUACAAGUUGCAUAACAAUAUGGUCAAUGGAAACGCAGCUACAGACCAAUCCAUCACAAAGUUAGAUGUCCCACCUCACCACUUGAAGAAUGGGUUAAUGUCGGUGUGUGUUUCCAUUACAAAUGCAUGCAAAACUUUGUCGAAAAAACAAUUCUGCAAUCACGGUGUUUCCACUAGAUAAGAAACGCAUUUUUAAAUCACAAGUUUGUUCAGGCCAGAAGCCUCAAACCACUGGGAGUCGCAGCACCAUGGCACAGUCAAUCUGAAAGAGAAAGUCCCACCAGCUGUGACAAAUGCAGGAAGUCCAACCACCAAACAGUGGGGGGAAGAGUUGAAGAAGUUGGUCAGAGAGUGUAUAGUUGAAGAAAUGCUGCCCUUAAGCAUGGCGAUCAGGUUUAUUUUGAAGGAGCGGAGCUGCUGAAAGUAACUAUUAGAGUAGCCUAACUUCCUUACUUGUACAACCAAGUAAUCAGUACAGUAACUGCUUUUUCAGGGAUUAGUCAGAAAUCAAGUUACUUUUUCAAGGUAACUAUGCCACCACAGAGUCUGGUUAGCCGACAUUAUCUUUUGGACCUAAAGAGGAACGAUCUAGAGUCAAUGCACAGCUCCAGUUAUUACAGCUCAGAAAUUAGUGAUCAGGUCUGAAAUCUGGUUGAUGAAUUCAGACCUGAACAUCCAGAGACACUUAAAGACAGUUACAAAAUCAGCCUUUUAUUACCUGAAGAACAUUUCUAAGAUUAGUGAGAUCUAGAGAAACUCAUCCCUGGGUUUAUCUUUUGUUGCAUUGAUUGCCGCAACAGUGUUUUCACAGGUGUGCUUAAAAAGUCAGACAGCUGCAGCUGACUCAGAAUGCUGCUGCUCUUGUUCUCACUAAAACCAGGAAGAUAGAGCACCUCACACCGUUUCUAAAGUCCUUCCACUGGCUCCUUGUAGCUCUGAGGAUAUAGACCGUUAGUUUAUAAAACACUGACUGGUUUAGCACCACAACACAUUAAUGAUCUGCUGCUGUGGACAUGCAGCAAAAAUCACCAGGCCGGGUAUCAAACCUGCGAUGGCCGCGUCGAGGAGUAAGGCCUCCAUAUCUGGGUUGUGUUUAAUCCCUGCGCCACCACAGCACCCCAGUAAAUGGAACAUUGAUCAAAAUAUUUGUUGUAAAUGUCGUUUGAUAAUAUUGAUAAUGGCAUUUGACGCAAUGUAAUGCUUGUUUCAUAAUUAGUUAUUGUACCGGGUUUUAUGGCGCAAAGCACUUUGAACUGCCUUGUUGCUGAGAUGUGCUGUACAACUUGACUUGGCCAGAUUGUAGUAGGUAGUUCAAAAUGGCGUCCUAUAAAACCGAACAAUACCUCUCCUCAUCCCCUUUGCUCAGUUUGCUUAUCUUGUUCUUUAUUGUUAUCUCACUUUUCAGCAUGAAGCCCUGGUUAGACUCAAUGUUUCUUAGAGUGAUAGAAAGACUAAGCUGUUCAAGACUAAGUGUGUUUUGAACAGCUUGUGGUUUCUGGUGACUUGAACACAUCAUUGUGGUCACAUCGUCCUACCGCCUCCAGCCACCCCCUCGCUGUUCGCGCUGUUUCAGAGAAAACUUUCCGCCUUCUUUCUGUUUAAAGCUGUCUCUCGCAGGCCAACCCACGACCACAUCCAACAUGCCAGGGCUGCUGCUUGGAGACGAGCUUCCUAAUUUCGAGGUGGAGACCACUGCUGGGACAGUGAAACUCCACGAAUAUUUUGGUGAUUCGUGGGGUAUCUUGUUCUCGCAUCCCAGAGACUACACCCCUGUGUGCACCACGGAGCUGGGUCGAGUCGCCAGGCUGAGUGGCGAGUUCAGCAAGCGCAACGUCAAGCUGAUCGCUCUGUCCGUCGACAACCUGGAGGAUCACCACGGCUGGAGCAAGGACAUCCUGGCUUACAACUAUGAGAAGUCUGAGGGCAGUGAAUUGCCCUAUCCCAUCAUCGCAGACAGCAAGCGGGAGCUGGCAGUCACUCUGGGCAUGCUGGACCCCGUCGAGAAGGACAAAGACGGCAUGCCGGUUUUUAUUAUUGGGCCUGACAAAAAGCUGAAACUGUCCAUCCUCUAUCCACACACCACGGGACGCAGCUUCGACGAGAUCCUGCGCGUGCUCGACAGCCUCCAGCUUACCGCUCAGAAACGAGUGGCCACGCCCACCGAGUGGAAGCCCGGAGGCUGCGUGAUGGUGCCUCCGAACAUGCCCGAGGACGAGGCCGCCGCUUUGUUCCCGAUCGGCGUCUUCAGCAAGGAGCUGCCGUCUGGGAGGAAGUACCUGCGCUACACUCCAGAUCCACUGGAUAGGAAAGGCUGUGAACCGCCACCGGCUGAACCCGAAUUACCCACGUCUCUCUCAUAAAACAGGCUUUUUGUGCAAGUCAAUGCGACGAAUACAAAACGUCUUACCGUAGAAGCAGAGUUGUUCUUGCAUAACUUGUUUGUAAUGGGGUGACAGAAGUAAAUAAAGAAAAUAAAUGUUGCUUUCACCUUACACAUUGUUGUGUGCGUUAAAAGGACAGUGGAGCUG